CUCUUUGAAAACCCAAUGUUUAGGACGCCAUUUCCCACCACUGUGAAAUUAGGCCUACUUCGCCUCAAAAAUACGACCCCACAGUUGCAAGAUGUGGUGAUAGUUGGUGGAGGGCCUGCUGGCUUGUCAGUUUUAGCAGCUCUAAAGAACUCGAGCAAAACAGCCCAUUUGAGCUGUAAAUUGGUUGAAGGAGGAGACUUGAAUAAAAUCCGAAACUUUGAUGAGACUGCCUACUCCAACCGUAUCAUUUCCCUCACAAACAAGUCAAUGCGGUUCAUGCAAAAGAUCGGUAGCUGGAAGCAUUUGAACUUGGACAGAAUGCAAUUCUACGACAAAGUUGCAGCUUAUGAUUCUCUGUCUCACGAAGCACUUAUUGAAUUCACCAACGACGCCAUCAACUACGAUCCCAUGGGUGCCAUGUGUGAAGUAGUCAACAUCCAGAAGUCGUUGAUCGCCAGAAUCGACGAAUUGGACCAGUCGGACUGUUUGGUGGAUAACGUGAAAGUUGAGGCUAUCGAAGAAAGCACCAGUGAAAUUGACUGGCCCAUUGUCAAAUUAUCCAAUGGAGACGCUUAUCAGACGAGAUUGUUGAUCGGUGCCGAUGGAUACAAUUCGCCGGUUCGAAGGUACGCUGGAAUCGAAUCUAGAGGUUGGGCUUAUGAUAGUUUUGGCACGGUGGGGGUAUUAAAACUUGCUUCUGAUCAGUAUAACCUAGUGUCGUUGCAGCGGUUCUUGUCUUCAGGACCGUUGGCAAUAUUGCCGCUCCCUGAAGAUGACGCCACGUUUGUAUGGUCUGCCAAAACUGAAGUAGCCUCGAUUUUGAAGUCCAUCACCAACGAUAAGAUUUUUGUGGCUCUUAUAAAUGCAGCCUUGCGCUUGGAGGAGACGGACUUGAAGUAUGCCUUGAACAAGCUACAAGUCAACCCAGACGAUACCUCGGUCAUUGAGGACUUACAGUGGAGAAUUGAGUUGUUUGAGCCCAAUGAACAAUUGGACAUUCCGGUGGUCAUUGGAGUUCAACCCGGUUCAAGAGCCCUGUUUCCCUUGAAAAUGUCCCAUGCCGAUAGCUACGUGGGUCCCCGGGUUGCGUUGAUUGGGGACGCAGCCCACACCAUCCACCCUCUUGCGGGACAAGGACUUAAUAUGGGACAAGCAGAUGUUGCGUCAUUGGUUGCAGCCAUUGAAACUGGUAUUGAUAGAGGUUUGGAUAUUGGGUCGACUUUGGUCCUUGAACCGUACUUUGCCCAAUGCUUCCCAUAUAACCAUGCAUUACUAGGGGUUUGUGACAAGCUCCAUAAAAUCUUUUCCAAUGAUGUUUAUCCCAUCAUUCUUGUGCGGAGCUUUGGAAUGAGAUUUAUGAAUUCAUUGACUCCCAUAAAAGAUUUUAUGAUCAAGACCUUGAGUGUAUAGAGGAGGUGGUUCAGGACCUUGAGUAUGUAGAGGAGAUCGUUCAACUCGUUGUAAAUAGGAAUGAACUUGGUAUUCGACUCUAUUAAUCUAUAUGUAAAUCUGUUAGCUCAUCGUAGAUCCCAGGUGUGGAGCAUCUACCAGAACUAAUUAAUGCUUCAAUGUCCUUUACCUCCUUCACACAUCCACUGGUGAGGUUGAUUGAAUCCUUGAACGUCUGUCCGACAGCCACGUCAUCUUCGACCCGUACGCCGAUACCUUGAUAAUGUUUGGGCCAUUUGUCGUCUUUGGGUAUGUACAAUCCGGGUUCUAUGGUGACCACAUUUCCUGGUAAAAGCUUGGUGAAUUUCGACACACCGGGCACAUCGUGUAAAUCCAAACCCAAGUGAUGGCCGAUAUAAUGGGGGUAUAAGUUCUUGGUGACUUCAGACCGGGAAACAUGGGCAAACCCUGGUAAAUUCUUUAAAUUUGAGUGAAGCUUUCUUACACUGAAAUCAUGCAAGUCAUUGAGCGACAUCUGGUUGUCUGCAUAACACUGGUCUAUACAUGCCUUGUUGACACUCAAUACCACGUCGUAGAUGUCUUUUUGUGGUUCAGUGAAGGUUCCUGAAAUGGGCCAAGCCCUGGAGAUAUCUGCACAAUACCCACCCAAUUUCCCACCAGCAUCCACAAACACCAAUUCGUCUUUAUACAACAAGUCGUCGUUCCGGGUGUAGUGAAUCACUAAUGCGUUUUCUCCACCAGCUACCACGGGAAUAUAGGCCUGUUUAUCGCAGCCACUUCUAAUAAACUCAUAGUCCAAAUAAGCUGCCAACAGCUUUUCACUCAUAUACGGAUUCAGACUACCGACCUUAGCAACGGCUUUGUUAAUGGCUCUGCUGGAGAUCUGGCCGGCCUUGUGCAUAACCUUGAUUUCCAGGGGAGAUUUCACUUCCCUCAUUUUGGCAAUCACCGAGUUUAUUGGUUUAACAGUUUUGCCAGAUGCGUGAGUCUUCAAGAGUUGGUGAAUAUCUUCA